AUGAAGAAUAACAAAGGAAUGAAAAUUAGCCCUACUCUUGGGAGAAUUUCAAAAUAAAUUCCUCAAAAGUUUGGUUUUUCAAUUUGCAAAAUAACAAUUCAUAUGUUUGAAAAAAUAAAUAUUUAAAUGGCAAAUGGAUAUGGGAUGUAUGUUAAGGGACUUAGGAAUGGAUAUAUUGUACUAAUUAUACAGGUGAUUAUUUAAAUGGUAAGCAAAAUGUAUAAAAAUAUUAUUAGUGGAAAGAUUUUUCAACUUAGAUUUGGUAUAUAUGA